CUGUCACGAGGGGGUAGGUAGGUUGCGAGGUUUGAAUAAGGAAGUUUACAUGGUACGGGCUUCGCAUUUAGUUCAGUGUUUGCAAAUAGAGUAACUUCAUCACCAGUGAGCAGUGGUCUGCCAACGGGGAAGCAAAACAACGCUUCUUUGCAGUGCGUGCUAUUUGCAUUAGCUACAGAUAGGUUUGCAUGUGAAAUUAAAACAAGGAUCUUACUUGCCUGUUCGUGAUUGACCAACAUUUUGAAUAGCAUCUUGAUUCUAAAGAAAAAUAUUUAAGAGCAGCGCUUUAGCCAACAUUUGGGAUUUGAAAUGGAUGUUCUACCCAUGUGCAGCAUCUUUCAGGAACUUCAGAUUGUACAUGACACUGGCUACUUUUCAGCUUUACCAUCCCUGGAGGAUUACUGGCAGCAGACAUGCUUGGAGUUGGAGCGGUAUCUACAGAGCGAGCCUUACGUCUCGGUGACAUCCGACAUCAAGUUGGAGCCGCAGGAGCAGGACCUCUGGAGCAAGCUGAUCUUGGCCUGCGGUGAUAAAGCGAUCGACUCCGACCCGAAGAUCCCUCUGGUCAAAGAAGAGGACAAUCAGGAUGGCCAGAUCUUGGAAACCAACAGUGUAAACUCUGACGCCAGCAGCGAAGCUUCAGACAGUUCCGUGGAGCUCUCGCCGACACACAGCUUUACCUUGAACCCUCUGGGGUCGGUUCUGGCCGGUGCUGGACCUUUUAGCCCUUCUAUCAUUAGCACUCCCCCAUCCUCCCCAGAGGUCAGCUCGGAACCCAGCAUCUCACAAGGCUGGGGAAGCGUACACACAGAAUUGACCUUGCCGGUAAAAGUCCGGACAGGCGGCAUCGGAAAGAACUCGGCAAAGACUGGGCUGGUUGCCGGAGAUGCGUCACCGGACGGGAGGAGACGGGUGCACAGGUGUCACUUCAACGGAUGCCGCAAGGUUUACACAAAGAGUUCCCACUUAAAAGCACACCAGCGCACUCAUACAGGUGAGAAACCAUACAGGUGUUCAUGGGAGGGCUGCGAGUGGCGAUUUGCACGGAGUGAUGAGCUAACCAGACACUUCAGGAAGCACACUGGGGCCAAGCCAUUUAAAUGCAGUCACUGUGACCGGUGUUUCUCCAGGUCCGAUCACCUUGCCCUCCACAUGAAGAGACACCUCUGAGCGGGUCGGAGCGGAGCGAUGUUAGCCGUUUAGUGAAACUAACAAACGCAGCGAAAGGAAAUGUCGUCUCCUAACCAGCCUCAUGGUUGAACUGCCCUUGAGAGGAGCAAGCUAGGGGAGCGUGUUCUAGCCAAAGUAUGCCAUUUUGCACCAUACCCAGUGCCUCCGGGAUGGAUGGACCCCUUGGAGAAGGAAGGCGCUCUGAAGAUUGCCUGUCCAAAAACCACAACAACAGAGGACAAAAUCAUGUACAGACGGGAGGAAGCAGCCAAUUGAAUUGAGGGACUUGAAAUAAAAAGAGAAAAAAAAAAACUAAAACAAAGACAAAAAAAACGAAUGAAUGAGUUGUAUGUGUGGUUGGUGCAUGAUGUUUUUGAGGUGGCGCAACUGUCUCCUGGACAACUGAUACACUGGUACUGCUUUACAAAAACUGUUGUCUGAGGUAAGCAUGUGUGCACUGUGAAUGUCUGACUUGGUUGACUGGCCUGUGUGCAAAGAGGGGGAAGCAAAGGCGGUCUGGUACCAGUGUUGCUGUGGACUGAAUGGUGUCAGGGAGCAAGUUUUUUUUUUCUUCUUGUAGUCGUGAGUACGGGUGUGUGAGAACGUGUCUGCCUGCCUGACUGUCAAGCAGCAGCGAGACUGAGUGAAGAUUGGGGUUUCUCGCCAGAAGCCUUGAGGGGUUGUGGUGUUGAGUGGUAGGGUGGGGGUGAUGUGUUUUGUUCCCCCCCAUUCAGCAACCCAGGCCAGGGCAGAAACUCCAUAAUGUGAGUCCUGAGUGAGAGGAGCUUUUUUUGGUGUUUGGUGCAGCUACUAAAUGUGCAAUGUGUUACGUAGCUUGUUUUUUACAAGUUACAAAGCAAAUUUUUAGUCCAUUGUAUAAGCUGUGUGCUUAGAGGUAUAACACAACUAUACUAUAACUUCAGUAUCAUAGACAGGUGUUGCAUGGUUCUAGGGUUUGUUCUCUCUUCCUGUUAUUCUGUAAUCAGGACUGCAAAUAGAUUCCAAUAAAAGCGCAGCUAAAUACGAACGGUUAAAUGUUACAAUAUUGUACAUAAAGCCUUGAUGAUUUUUUAAAAUUA